CAUAAAUAAACAACGUUGUUUGGAAGUAAUUUCACAAAACUCCAUUGAUCAAAGUCAACAUGGGCGAUGAAGUUCAACACAAGUAGAAGACUGGUAUAAUCCAUCGGCGUUCAGGCUCUUCUAAUUUUACCGCUCCCACAGACUCCUUGGUACCCUUUUUGAUUCCUCGUCGAACCCAAAUGCAAACUUUCACGCCAACCCGAACCCCAACAUGGGUUUCUGGUCGAAGACUCUUGGAAGAAAAGCUCUCGGACCUCCACAAGUGCGCCAACCUCGACCAGAUAAAACAAGUCCACGCCCAAAUUCUCAAAGCUGAUCUUCAUAGGGACCUCUUUGUAGCUCCAAAGCUCAUAGCGGCUUUCUCUUUGUGCCGCCAAAUGGUGCUGGCAAUCAAUGCUUUCAAUCAAGUCCAGGAACCCAAUGUGCAUUUGUAUAAUACGCUGAUCAGAGCCCAUGUUCAGAACUCUCAGUCGUCACAAGCCUUUGCCACUUUCUUCGAAAUGCAGUGUAGUGGGGUUUAUCCUGAUAAUUUCACGUACCCAUUUCUUCUUAAAGCGUGUUCUGGCCAAUCUUAUUUGCGCGUGAUCCAAAUGAUUCAUACCCAUAUUGAAAAAUUUGGAUUUUGUUCCGACAUUUUUGUGCCCAAUUCGCUUAUUGAUUGUUAUUCCAAAUGUGGACCGGUUGGUGUUAACGCGGCGAGGAAGUUGUUUAAGGUGAUGGGGGAGAAAGAUAUCGUGUCUUGGAAUUCCAUGAUUGGUGGUUUGGUUAGAGCCGGCGAGUUGGGGGAGGCUCGCGGGUUGUUUGAUGAAAUGCCAAAGAGGGAUACGGUUAGUUGGAAUACAAUAUUAGACGGCUAUGCAAAGGCUGGAGAAAUGAACAGGGCGUUUGAAUUGUUUGAGAAGAUGCCUGAGAGGAAUGUUGUAUCUUGGUCUACCAUGAUAUCAGGUUACUGUAAAGAUGGGGAUUUGGAUAUGGCAAGAAUGUUAUUUGAUAAGAUGCCAGUUAAGACCUUGGUUCCUUGGACAAUUAUUAUAUCUGGGUAUGCUGAAAAGGGGCUCGCAAAUGAGGCCAUUAGCUUGUACAAUAAAAUGGAGGAGGCUGGGUUGAAGCCUGAUGAUGGGGCCCUUAUUAGCAUUUUGGCUGCUUGUGCAGAGUCUGGUUUGCUUGGAUUGGGUCAGAAAGUUCACGCCUCUAUUAAGAGGACUAAGUAUAAGUGUAGUGCUCCAGUAUCAAAUGCAUUGGUCGAUAUGUAUGCAAAGUGUGGUAGCUUAGACGAGGCAUACAUCGUCUUUAAUGGAAUGACAAAGAGAGAGGUGGUAUCCUGGAAUGCCAUGCUUCAAGGAUUUGCUAUGCAUGGACAUGGCGAGAAAGCACUUCAGCUUUUCUCUAGAAUGAAACACGAAGGGUUUGAGCCGGAUAAAGUAACCCUCGUUGGUGUCUUAUGUGCUUGCACACAUGCAGGCUUUGUGGAGGAGGGUGUUCAAUACUUCUACACGAUGGAGAGUAAGUAUAAGAUAGUUCCCGAAGUUGAGCAUUAUGGUUGCAUGAUCGACCUUUUGGGUCGUGGGGGGCGUCUUAAGGAAGCUUUUAGGCUUGUGCGUAGCAUGCCAAUGGAACCAAAUGCCAUUAUUUGGGGAACCCUUUUGGGAGCGUGUCGUAUGCAUAAUGAUGUAGAUCUUGCCAGGCAGGUUGUGGAUCGCCUGAUUCAAUUAGAACCAUCAGAUCCUGGAAAUUUUUCUAUGUUGUCAAACAUAUAUGCUGCAGCUGGAGAUUGGGAUAGCGUUUCCAAUGUAAGGCUGCGAAUGAGGAAUACAGGAAUCCAAAAACCAUCAGGGGCUAGUUCUAUAGAGGUCGAUGAUGAGCUCCAUGAAUUUACGGUAUUUGAUAGAUCACACCCUAAAUCUGAGAAAAUAUAUCAGAUGAUUGACAGAUUGGUUCAGGACCUUAAGCAGGUUGGAUACGUCCCAAAAGCAUACCAAUGACAGGGGAUGCCUUGGGGAACAUUUCCAGUAAUAGUUCCCAAAAAGACUUUAUUUACUGUGUGUAUUUUGGCACAGAUCCUUCCUUUCCAAGAAACGAUAUGGAUGGUUUGAUCUAUUGUUCAUAUAUCUACACUUGUUAGAAUUGUAGACACCAUCAAUUUUUAAUUGAGAAAUGCAAGCCCUUAAAAGUGUAUCCUACCUUAAAAAAGUGU